UCUCAAUGUGGACUGAUUGUAUACAUGAUGCUAAAUGCGCUGCAGGUUCAGAGGGUCACACCGGGAAACACCGUGUCUUAAAUAAAGAAGUACACCAUUGUCCCGGAGGUAGAGCUUCAUCAGACAAUGGUUCGUCCCGCACACACUCACUGAGGCAGCGGGGCAGAGGCGCAGAUGUUCGGACUGUGCAUUACUCUCCCGAGGAAGCCACCAGAAGCGGACACGAAUACCACUGCAGCUGAGUAAGCUAUGAAAAUCCUGUCACGGUGUGGCCGAGCCUACAGAUACAUCAGCAUUUCACACACUUAUUUACCUUUCAACUUAAAGUCUAAAGUGGCCGGUAGCGGCUGAAGUAUCAAUCGGAAAGUUCAGUCAGAAACAGUCACCGGAGACGGUGGACUAUGGCCCUGAACGUGUGUAUCAUCCCUAUCAAAGAGAAGACAAAGUAAAAUCCAGAUGCUGCACUGUUGUAUAUGAGCUUCCUUUCCUUCAGCAGCUGAAAGGAUACCCACAACUACAUGCUCCCAUGUGCCGCCAUUCCUAACUCCAGUUAAUCUCUCCCAGAUGCACCGAACGCAGAGCCACCAGCGCAAAGCAAAAUACCUCAAGAGAAAAAAGGGAUUGAUGUCUUCAGUCAAGGGAGUUUCCCAUCUCUCCCGGCGAGCAAAGAGACGCUUGUAUUGUAAAUUACAACUCUGGAUGUGGAGGAAGCGGAGAGAGAAAUGCCGUUUCGGGAUAUUUAGAGCAAAGAAACGAGCGUGUGGGACGAGCCCUGGCUCCGGCCUCGGUGUAAAGACACAGCCACAGAAAAAUAAAAGUAAAGUUCCAACAUACAACACAACAAACCCAGAAGAUUCAGCUCUGGUGCCACCUCUUGGAUGUGAUACUGGAGGUUCAGAGGACGCGCUCAGAGGGCAGAAUGGCCUGCCGAAGCUGUGCGAAUCUGUCAAUCUAUCCGAAACAUUCACUGCUCCCAGUUCCUCGCAGAACCUGGUUACGGACACAAAUGUUUCUGCUAGUAACACCGCCGUGCCAACAGUGACGCUGCCGUCUCAAACAACAGAAACUUUGGUCCAGCAUAGUGAAAUUAUGGACCCUUUAGAACUUUCUCACGCUGUCAAACCCCGGUUGAGUACAGACAGUGAUGCGUGUGGGUUAACUACACAUGUUAAAGAACCAAGGACAGUGGUACUAGCUCAACGGCUUGAGGCUGACGGCCCAUCAGGACUAUUCACCGCUGUCAGUGCAGAUCAGGACCAGGCUGCAAACAGAGACACUGAUGAGAGAGUCACCAGUAAAAAUAUGGCGUCUUCACACACUGAUGCCAGCCUUAAAAUACUGACAAAGGACAUCCACGAAUUUCUCGAUGACUUCUACAAAAUAUAUGGAAGUUUCAUCCCACUACAAAAGAGCGACGUGUUGAGACAUCUGAAGAAGAGGUUUAAUGUUGAUUUCACUGACAGGAAAAACAUCAUCUUCACCGAAGUUACUAAAUACAGAACUGUGGUCAUUCAGAACUCUGUUCCCUCCUUCCGGGUGGUCUACAAGAAACACACACUGACACUUGAUGACUUGUCUACACUGGCAGAUCAGAACUGGCUCAACGACCAGGUCAUGAACAUGUAUGGAGAAUUGAUUAUGGAAUCUGCCCUUCACAAGGUCCAUUUUCUCAACAGCUUCUUCCACAGGCAGCUCAUGACUAAAGGAUAUGAUGGUGUUAAGAGAUGGACAAAGCAGGUGGAUUUGUUCUCUAAGAGUUUGCUUUUGGUGCCCAUUCACCUGGAGGUUCACUGGUGUCUGGUGACAGCUGACAUUGUCAAAAAGAAGAUCUGCCUUUACGACUCUCAAGGGAACGCACUCCAGAAGGUUGCAAGGAACAUUCUGAAAUACUUGAUGACAGAAGCGAAGGAGAAGAAGCAAACAGCAUUUGAAAGUGGUUGGGCCGUGUCAUUCGAUGAGAAAAUCCCACAACAGACCAAUGAAAAUGACUGUGGAGUUUUUGUCCUGGAGUAUUCUAGAUGCCUUGCCCUGGGAGAACCUCUGCAGUUUUCACAGAAGGACAUACCAAAGAUACGCAAGCGGAUCUACAAAGAGCUCUGUGACUGUAAGCUCUAUGAACAGGGCUGACUAGUAUCUUAAAGUUGUGUGUAUGUAUUGAUAUAACGAUAACGUGUGCUGCUUCUGAUUAGGGUAGGUAAACAGCAGUCCAAAAUUGUCUCUGUGUAGGGCUUCAUUAGCAGCUCUGUAACAGCCUUGCAACACUGUGGCUGACCCCCAGUAGGAGAAUCAGGUGCACUGUUCAUACUACAUCAUAACCCUUGUAUGAUUACUGUAUUUAUAUGAUCGAUAUUUAAAUAGGCAUGCUAUUUAAGAAGACAUUAGACCUGGACUUGGAGUCUACGGCGCACCAACAGAGCCUUACUGAAUGGACUGCCUGUUGAAAUGGAUCUGAUGUGUCACGGUCCACGUCUGUGUUUAGGUGUUACUUAUUUUCUGUUCAAAUAUUUGAACACCUUAUUUGCACAUUUUACAAGUCUAAUUUAGCAUCAUUUGACAUUGGUUUGUGUCAUAAUUUACCUGUUAGCACCAGAUGACCUAAUAGAAGCUAUGUGUAUUUUGUUUGUGAAGAAAAUUAAGUUGUGUGAACUGGAA